AUGUCGGACACCUCUGUUAUUGUGAAAAUGGACCACAGCCGAGGCCUAAGCACAGAUGACAUCAUUGCUGACAUCAAAGCUCAGCACGAGGACAUGGCCAAGAGGAGCCGGGCUGACGCAGAGCGCUGGUGCUACACUCGGCAUGAGGAACUGAGAGAAACCGCUGGCAAACAUGACGACAGCUUGCGCAACACGAAGGACGAAAUUAGGGAGCUGGAUCGGAUGAUUCAGAGACUCAAUGGCCAACGUGAAAGCACCAGAGCCCAGAGAUGCAAACUGGAAGGAGCCAUUGCUGAAGCAGAGGAGCAGGGGGAAGUGGUCAGCAAGGAUGCAAAGCUCUCUGAGCUGGAGGUGGCGCUGCAGGAAGCGAAGCAGGACUUGGCCUGGCAGCUCCAUGAGGACCAGGAGCUCAUGAACGUCAAGCUGGCCCUGGACAUGGACAUCACAACCUACAGCAGCUGCUGGAGGGAGAGCAGAGCAGGGGAGAGCUUGCACAUCCCUGAAAAACGCUUGGAUUUGCAAUGCAUUUCCCACCACCGCCCUUCACAAGCUGCCUGA